AUGGCCGCCAACAACAAUCUCAAAGUCGUCUUCGGCUCUAUGACACUUGGGGAGAAAGGUAAGAUGAUGGUCCGUAUAAGUGACCAGGAUGAAGUCUCUCAGCUCCUCGACAUCUUCCAGAAGCACGGCGGCACCACAGUCGACAGCGCUCGCCUAUACGCCGGAGGAACUACAGAGGGCAUGCUCGGAGACCUCAAGUACGCCGAUCGUGGUCUACUCAUGGACACCAAGCUAUGGCCCAGUGCUGGACAUCCACAUGCACCAGCUGCGCUAAAGUACUGGCACACCCCCGAGGACAUCCGUCGAGGUCUGAAGGACAGCCUGGAAGCCUUGAAGACGAAGAAACUCAACACUUUCUACCUCCACGCUCCUGAUAGGAAGCAUUCUUUUGUCGACGCUCUGCAGGAGGUCAACAAGCUCUAUGAAGAAGGGUUCUUCGAGUACUUCGGUAUCUCGAACUUCCAGCCCUGGGAAGUAGCUCUGGUGUGCGAGACAUGUCGUAACAACAAGUGGAUCCAGCCAACGGUGUACCAGGGCAUGUAUCAUGCUUUGCAGCGCCGAACAGAAGCAGAGCUGUUCCCGUGCCUGCGACACUAUGGCAUGAGCUUCUAUGCCUACUCACCCCUCGGAGGAGGCUUCCUCACUGGAAGGUACAAACGCGACCAGACGACUUUCGAAGAAGGUAGCCGCUUCGAACCCUCCACACCAGCCGGAAAAUUUCACCAGAGCAGUUUCUGGAAGGAUUCUUACUUUGAUGCCAUCGAUCACAUCACCGUGGCGGCCGAGAAGCACAAUUUCACGUUGUCAGAAGUGGCAUUGAGAUGGCUUAAGUACCAUUCAAUGCUCUCUGCGGAGAAAGGCGAUGGUAUCAUCCUUGGUGUCGGUAGUGUCAAGCAUCUGGAAGGGAAUUUUCAGGCGCUCGAGAAGCCCGCUUUGCCAGAAGACGUGGUGAACGCGAUGGAUGAGGCAUGGACAAUGGUCAAAGGAGCAGUCGGGCCAUACACGCACUAG